AUGUGAAGUUUCAUGGUCUCCCCUGACAAAUCAUCAAUGGCCAGGAACCUUUAGCAGACACACUCUAUUGCUCCCACCCACACUCAUUUUACAGAAGUCAAAAGUUCCUUUUUCAUUUUACAGUCAAAGAGCGGGCCUUGUUUAUUUCAUUUUAUUUCAAGCAGCUGAAGGCCUCCGAGAGUAGCUCAGGUCAUAAGUGUGUGCUAUACAAUAAGAGAGAGAGACAAUUUUUUUGGUUUUCGUUGAGUGAGAGGAAAUUUUGAAACAUUGUGCAAUGGUGCCGCAAACGUUUUGAAAGGUUGUGAGAGCGUUUUAUCCUGCAAAGAGAGUCGGUCCGUUGGAGAAGAGGUCUCCAUGUUGCAUCCGUACAGAAUGGAGAGCUAUCUCAUCCCGCCUCACUCAGAAGAAAUGUACGAUCCUGAGAUCUACAGACAUCAAAUUACAGAAUAUUAUAAUCCAUAUGUUCUAGAUGCAGAUAUCCAGGCAGAUCACUGGGAGUUUCACCCUCACCCCCACACACACCCAGUAGAGUUUGAAAACCUCCAGGAGGCCAAUUUCACAGAGCUGCAGAGUGUGCAGGCUCUCCACGGGCCCGGCCUCAUACGACACGAGGCCAUACGCUACGAGGCAGAAAACAUGUUGGAUCCUAAUCUUGGGGCCCAUCCACAUGUGUUACAGCAACAACUAGCGUUCUUCCCUCGGGCGUUGUAUCAACAACACGUGUCCCAGCGCAGCUCCGACGAUGAGGAGCACGGAGGACGAAGUCCCCCUCUGGAGGUGUCUGACGAGGAGUGUCUGAGGGAUCGAGUCCCUUACGUCACAACAGGAGAGCUGGGCAAUAAAAAGAAGAUCCGUUUGUACCAGUUCCUGUUGGACCUUUUAAGGAAUGGCGAUAUGAAGGACAGUAUCUGGUGGGUGGACAGAGAGAAAGGGACUUUCCAGUUUUCUUCCAAACACAAGGAGGCUCUCGCACAUCGCUGGGGAAUCCAGAAGGGAAACCGCAAAAAAAUGACCUAUCAGAAGAUGGCUCGAGCUUUACGCAACUACGGCAAAACUGGAGAGGUGAAGAAGAUAAAGAAGAAGCUGACGUACCAGUUCAGUGACGAGGUGCUGGGGAAGACUCAUCUGGAGAGGAAAUACAUGUAGGCGUGAGGGAUGAUGAAGUCCCAAGAUUCAUGCACCAAAAGUGUUGAGGCGUAGUUUCUGGUGUUAGAUGCUUAAAUCAAACGUGCUGAUCUGUAAAUUGCAUUUUGUGAAUAGCACCAUUACUGCUGUACAGUGGGAUCAAUAAUUAUAAUGUACAGUCAAAAGGAGAGAGAAAGGGAGGGGGACAUAUCAGACCCUGAGGUACUGUGCAUAUGUAUUGUUUAAAUGCAGGUGCACCCACACUUAUAUAUUGUUUUUGGAAAAGUCUGUUUGACAAUUUUCAAUGUAAAACACCAAAUUUUGUGUCAUGUCAAGUAACUACAGUAGACUUGAAACUCCCCAGUAUACCCGGGCUUUCUUGCUACUGUGUGUGACUCUCUUUGUACUGGACAGGCUUAAGUUCUCUUCUACGUAAUACUAUGUGUAUGUAUAUA